UUUGCGGUCUAGUUUGUAGGUAGAACUAGCCGCAAAAGGAAAUACAUCCAAUUAUAUAACGGACGUCUCUGUGGUCCUUCUAUUUUAUUUGCACCGAAGAUGGCGAAGGCGAAGACAGUGUUAGCUUCUCAGAGCCCGAAGAUGUCCUGCAAGUACGAGGAUGUUGUGCUCGAGGAAGAUCACUUCGACUUUCUGGUGGACAAGACUACCGGUCAAGCAACCUCCGUCAGGCAGUUCACUUGGACAAAUGGCAACGGCGUGGUAAUAAAAAUGAUCACCUACGGAGCAACCAUAACGUCCAUUAAAUUACCAGACAGGAACGGAAAAUUUGAUGACAUUGUCUUGGGAUACAAUAACAUCGCAGGUUACCUCAGUUCCGCAAAUCCCUAUUUCGGUGCAACUGUGGGUCGCGUCGCUAAUAGAAUUGGAGGUGCUAGGAUCAAUAUAGACCAAGCGACCUACGCUCUCAGCGCGAACCUGGGUAGACACCAACUCCACGGAGGUUUCAAAGGCUUCGAUAAGUACAACUGGGACUAUUAUGUGAGCGGAAAUCGGGUAGUAUUUAGCCUUGAUUCGGCGGAUGGUGAUGAGGGCUAUCCCGGAAAUGUUCUGGUGAACGUCUCCUGCGAGUUAACAAACAGCAACGAAUUUCUUUUAGAUUUCUCUGCAACGACUACUAAACCGACGGUGGUUAAUUUAACGAAUCACUCCUAUUUCAACUUGGCCGGACACGAAAAGGGCGCUCAAGAGAUAUACAAGCACGAGGUGUCAAUAAACGCGGACCGCAUCACCGAAGUCGAUGAAGACUUUAUACCAACAGGUAAAUUGCUUCCUGUCUGCAACACGAUAUUUGAUCUGCGGAUUCCGAAACAACUGGGCAGCGUCAUCCACAAAGUUCCUGUAGUGAACGGAUACGACCACAACUUCUGUAUAAACCGCGCCAGCGAACAGCAGAACACUUUUGUGUCCAGGAUCCAGCAUUAUGCAACUGGGAGAGCGUUAGAAGUAUACAGUAAUCAAUAUGGAGUACAAUUUUAUACAUCUAACGGGCUACCGGAAGAUCCCAAGGAUGCGCCCAUGGGAGCAGAUAUAACAAAAUUGCAGAAGGUAGUAGGAAAAGAUGGAGCGAAUUAUUAUAAACAUUCGGCCAUUUGUUUGGAAACCCAAAACUAUCCAGACGCCGUUAAUCAGAGCGAUUUCCCGAAGGCAAUCCUCUACCCUGGCGAGACCUAUCAUCACACAUUGAAAUACAAGUUUAUUGUCGAAUGAAAAUUCAAAUUUAUUGAUGAAUGAAAACUGUCACUGUUGAUAUAAACAUAAUAACAUACAAAUUUUUAUAU